CAGGAUGCGACCCAGCUUAUCAUCAACUGUAAUGGAUUCCUCCGACAAUACACUGAGCUGCUCCAGUGAAUACGGGUGCUCUGGAUCUCUAAUAUCCCUCACGAUAUCAUAGAUAUCGAGUGGAUCGACGGCGUCGUCGCAGUGGGGAUCUUCGCAUCGGGCGACCCUUUCCUUCUUAGCGUGGACGAUUGGGUUAGCAUUGAUCAGACCCAGAGUCAUUGAUCUCCUCUUUCUUUCAACUCUUUUUCGUCCUCGUCCUCGUCCUCGCAGUCUCUUUCGUUCUCCGGUGACCUUUUCGCUUCCCUUUACUUCUCAACCUUUUUUUUUAUUUACUCAACUACUCGAGUUCACGGACACAUUGUCCGCCGCAGUCGGAUUUUUCUGAUUCCGGGGGCCAUUUGAAGGUCGACACAUGUCACACUUUCGUCUGUCCGGUUUGGAAGUCCAAUCAAUUAGAUUCAUCAUUUCGCCGACGUCUGGCCACGUCGGCCGGGUCCCAUUUGUUUGAGAACCGUAGGACUGUUGCGUCCGGCAUUUGGAUCUCGGGCCGAUUUGAGCUAGCCGGGUUGGCCCAUUACCGACGAGCGCCUAGCUUUCGGUGCGGUGCGUGUAAUGAAAUUGUGAUCGGAGAAAGGAAGAUCAGGCGGGGACCAAAGGGCGGGGGGGAAAUAUGGUGCACAGUGCCUAUGAUUCCUUCGAGCUCCUCAGAGGCUGUCCGACGAAAAUCGAUGCCGUCGCGUCCUACGCUUCGAAGCUCUUCGUCGGCUGCUCCGAUGGCGCUCUUCGAGUCUACGCUGCCGAAUCCGAUCGAUCUUCGUCGUCUUCGGAUUACCUCGGCCAAGCUCAAGAACUACGAAAGGAAGGAUACGCCCUGGAGAGGACAGUGAACGGGUAUUCCAAGAAGAGUCUGUUGGCAAUGGAGGUAUUGGCCUCGCGAGAGCUGCUCCUCUCGCUCUCUGAAUCGAUCGCUUUUCACCGACUCCCUAAUUUGGAGACUUUCGCUGUGAUCACCAAAGCCAAAGGCGCCAAUGUCUACUCCUGGGAUGAUCGGAGAGGUUAUCUGUGCUUCGCGAGGCAAAAGCGAGUCUGCAUCAUCCGCCACGAUGCAGGACGAGGAUUCGUGGAGGUGAAAGAAUUUGGCGUCCCUGACACGGUGAAGUCAAUGUCCUGGUGUGGCGAAAACAUAUGUCUUGGGAUUAAGAAGGAAUACGUGAUACUGAACGCCACUAGUGGUGCCUUGAGCGAGGUGUUUCCUUCUGGUAGACUGGCUCCACCUCUGGUCGUCCCUCUUCCUUCAGGAGAACUUCUUCUUGGCAAGGAGAAUAUUGGAGUCUUCGUGGACCAAAACGGCAAGCUUCAUCAAGCUGAAAGGAUUUGUUGGUCGGAAGCUCCCUCUGUUGUUGUGGUUCAGAAGCCGUAUGCGAUUGCCCUGCUUCCAAGGCGUGUUGAGAUACGGUCUCUUCGAGUUCCAUACCCGAUGAUUCAGACCAUCGUUCUUCAGAAUGUUCGUCGUCUUGUUCAGAGCAAUAAUGCAGUAAUUGUUGCACUAGAUAAUUCUGUUCACGGACUCUUUCCUGUUCCUGUUGGUGCACAGAUCGUGCAAUUAACUGCAUCUGGAAAUUUUGAAGAAGCUCUGGCAUUGUGCAAGUUACUUCCUCCCGAAGAUGCAAGCCUUCGAGCUGCAAAGGAGGGGUCCAUUCACAUAAGAUAUGCUCACCAUCUUUUUGAUAAUGGGAGUUAUGAGGAGGCUAUGGAACACUUUUUAGCUGCCCAAGUAGAUAUCACCUAUGUACUUUCUAUGUAUCCGUCAAUAGUUCUUCCCAAAACAACUUUGCUUCCUGAAACAGACAAGCUAGUGGACAGUGACCCAGAUGCUGUACAUCUAUCAAGAGGUUCUUCUGGUGCAUCAGAUGAUAUGGAUCCCUCAUCUGCAUCACAUUUUGGGGAUUUUGAUGAGCAUUCCGCACUUGAGUCCAAGAAAAUGAGCCAUAAUACUCUCAUGGCUCUCAUCAAAUACUUACAGAAACGGAGAUACAACAUAAUUGAAAAGGCCACUGCCGAGGGGACAGAGGAGGUUGUUUUAGGCGCUGUUGGUGAUAAUUAUGGACAUUACGACUCUAGUAGGGUCAAAAAGUCUGGCAAGGGGCGUGGCAAUGUUGCGAUUAACUCAGGGGCUAGAGAAAUGGCAGCUAUUCUAGACACUGCACUACUCCAAGCACUUCUGCUUACUGGACAGUCUUCAGCUUCUGUAGAAUUACUCAGAGGCCAUAAUUAUUGUGAUUUAAAAAUAUGUGAGGAGAGUCUUCAAAAGAGACAUCACUAUUCUGCUUUGCUGGAGCUUUAUAGAAGCAAUGCCAUGCACCGUGAAGCUCUAAAGCUUCUGCAUCAAUUAGUUGAAGAGUCAAGCUCAGGCAAAUCUGAGGUUACACAUAAGUUCAAGCCUGAGGACAUUCUAGAGUAUCUCAAGCCUCUCUGUGGAAAAGAUCCUAUGCUUGUUCUAGAGUUCUCAAUGAUCAUUCUCGACAGGUGUCCAACACAAACAAUUGAGCUGUUUUUAUCUGGGAACAUACCUGCAGAUAUGGUCAACUCUUAUCUGAAACAGCAUGCUCCAAACAUGCAAGGAAGGUAUCUAGAACUGAUGCUCGCAAUGAAUGAAAGUGCUAUAUCAGGAAACCUGCAAAAUGAAAUGGUGCAAAUCUAUCUCUCGGAAGUUCUUGACUUGCAUGCGGAAUUAAGUGACCAAAAUAAAUGGGACGAGAAGGCUCAUUACCCGACAAGGAAGAAGUUAUUAUCUGCUCUAGAAGGCAUCUCAGGUUAUAACCCUGAGGCUUUGUUGAAGCGUCUUCCUCCUGAUGCACUGUAUGAAGAACGUGCAGUUUUAUUAGGAAAGAUGAACCAACACGAGCUUGCCUUAUCCCUCUAUGUUCAUAAGCUUCAUCUACCUGAUCUGGCAUUGUGCUACUGUGAUCGCGUUUAUGAGUCUGCAACUCAUCAACCUUCAACUACAAAAUCUGGCAGUAUAUACCUCACACUUCUACAAAUCUAUCUUAAUCCCAGUAAGACAACCAAGAACUUUGAGAAGCGAAUCACAAAUAUAGUGGCUUCUCGGAGCACCAGCAUCCCUAAGGUCAGUUCUGCAAGUGGAACCAAGACUAAAGGUGGUCGUGGAGCUAAGAAAAUUGCUGCAAUAGAAGUUGCAGAUGACUUGCGUGUGAGUCCAAGUGGCACUGACAGCAGCAGGAGUGAUGGCGAUACAGACGAAAUUAGUCCGGAAGACAGUUCUACUAUAAUGCUUGAUGAGGUGCUUGAUCUCUUGAGCAAAAGGUGGGACCGAAUAAAUGGUGCCCAAGCCCUCAGACUUUUACCGAGGCAAACCAACUUACAGAACCUGAUGCCGUUUCUUGGACCUCUACUGAGGAAAUCCAGUGAAGCGAACCGGAACCUUUCAGUAAUCAAGAGUUUGAGACAGAGUGAGAACCUGCAGGUGAAAGACGAGCUGUACAAGUAUAGAAAAACAGUCGUGAAGAUCAGCGGCGACAGCAUGUGCUCCCUUUGCCACAAGAAGAUCGGAACAAGUGUGUUUGCAGUCUAUCCCAACGGGAAAACACUCGUCCAUUUCGUUUGUUUUAGAGACUCACAAAGUAUGAAGGCCGUCACGAAAAGCACAACAACGACUCUUCGAAAGUGGUGACAUUUUUUUAGACCGGAUAUUUCACUACAUCACCAGAAACCCGCUGAUACAUCAUCAGCUAGGAAAUUCUCAGCACUGGCGAGUGCAUUGCCAUUUUCAUGAAACUGGUGUCGGGGAGCCAUAUCCUGCAGCUGGCCAUAGCUCGGGAUUCAGGAGCUUGUUGGUUUUCCAUUUCGAAGUUUGGUGGCUUGCUCGAUGGCUCCCCUGUGUUGUAUGUUUUGCAGAGUUUGUUCUCUCAUCGAGAUUUACGUUCUUUCGAGUGCAGUUCCCAUUGACAAAACUAAAACAAAUGGCCUAGUGUAAAUUGAUAUACGAUUUGUUUGUAGCCUUUUCGUCCUUAUGAAAAUGCAAAUGACACUGAAUAGCAGCCAAAAUAUGGCACCUUUGAGGACUGAUCUUUGGUUUACCAAACAAACAACACAACAGAAGCACAGUGAUAAUGUUUAUGAACCACCCAACCGUUAAACAUCUUCUGCCUUUGCAGAAGCCAGUUUCUCAUUUCUCAGUCCCUUGGCCGUAAACGGUAUACGGUGACGCCGAUUCUGCGCCCUUCACUCGGGCUGUCCACGUAAAUCGCUUCCACAUCAAACGACUUCCUGGCCCUCUUGAAGAACGCGGAGUCCUUCUUCCACCUCCUCAAAUGCGCCAUCACAAACGCCGGCUUCCUAUCCCCUGCCGGCUCUGUUCCUCCCAGCAGCAACCAACGCAGCGUUUUGAGCAGUGGAUCGUACAGAUGAUCAUGGUAAACGACGUCGGACGCUACCACCAGGUCAAAUCCCCGCCCCGCGACGGUUUCCACGUCAUCCUCCUCUCCCCAACUCAGCGGAGCCACGUCGACCGCCCCUCCUCCGCAGCGCACCACGUCGGCGUUGAGCUCCGCGUUGAAUUGAAGGUUAGGCGCCACAUGGGGGAGGUCGGUGACCGUGACGUCAGCGCCCAGCACGGCCGCAGCAGCUAUCCCGACGAGGCCGGUCCCCGAGCCAAUCUCCAGGAUUUUGAGCUUCCCGCGGCAGCGGCCUGCUCGGGCGGCGGUGAGGGUGGACAAGAGCGGGCUGGUUGUGGGAUCGACUACGUGGCGGUCGAGGAGGUUGACGAGAGUGGUGGCUGCGGGCCAUAGCUUGAAGGAGAGGCCUUCCGAUGGGAGCUGGCGGAUUUUCACGGUUGACUUGAUCGAAUGGAGGUAAUGCUGCUCGAUUUCUAGAUUGGAGUCUCCAUCUCGCGGCGCCGAUGGGGUUUCUCGUUCUUCGGAUUCUUCGGCAGGCAGAAGGACUCUCAUAGGGUCUAGUUCUAUAUCGUCGUCGUCGCUGUCGUCCUGUGGAUGCGGCGCGGCGGUGGCCAUGCGCCGUCGGAAAUCGGGAAUCUGUCCCUUCAAUUCACUGAUAGGUUUCAGCUCCCUGCUG